UUCCUUCAUUUCCCCCUGCUUCGGUUGCGCCUUCUAUCUCCUGCUGCGUCUUGACGCUCAGUUUAAAAUAUAUCCAUCAUACUAGGUGGAGCUGCUGAAAAAGCUGAGGACUGAAUCAUCUCCCAAACUUCGGCGCUGGUAUUCCUUCUUUGCGAAACCGACGAAGUCCUGGAGGCGCAUUCAGGUCACACAGCUACCUGGAUCCAGAAGACAUUGUAGCCUUCUCUUCUAAUAGGGAUGCUUCCACAUCAAUCUCAUUAUAAGAAGUCGUCAUCUUAGACUCAUGGGACCUUUCAAAUCGAAGCUACUAGAUAUUUUCUCCCAGUUCUGGUCUUUCCCCAUUCCUGUAAUGCUACCUAACAUGGCCUGUCGUGCGAGUAUAAGUACUCUAGGAACGCUCACUGAUAUGAUGAAAGCGCCAGACUGUCGACAGAUAUGGUGAUCCACAAAAUUCGUCGUCAGCCUUCUCCUGCCCCGCAGCUCAGGACUCCUAGCCCGUCCGAUUCGACUAAUGCCAGUAUAGGGGCUUCAGACAUUGAAGUCGUUCCGCCUACUCCUGGUGACCACCAUAAACCACUUGGAUUUGGUAUUGGCCUGGCCGAUCCGUUGACGUCACAAAAGCGGCAGUAUAUGUUGCACAUCGCUGAUCGCCUAAGGUCUGUCGGUGCCAACGCGGACAUUGAAAUUCCACAGAUUGCUGUGAUUGGCUCACAGAGCGCAGGUAAAUCAUCUCUUCUCCAGCGCAUCUCCGGUGUCGAUUUUCCUAAAUCAAGUGGAACAUGUACUCGUGUACCUGCGGAAAUCAUCCUUCAAGAGGCAGCCGAGGGCGUGUGGGAAUGUACUGUUUCCAUCCGCUAUAUCCGCGAUGCAUCAGGACUCCUGCUCGGUAAACCGAAGAUAGAAGAAUUUGGACCGGUUAUCACGAAUCCGUCAGACGUCAAGGACCGCAUGGCGCGAGCUCAGAUCGCUAGUCUCAAUCCUUCACGCUCUUGUACAGAAUUUCUUGAAGGCCCACCCAAUCCGAAUUUCAAGUCUGAACUUUCAUUCUCCGAUAACUGCAUUGUGGUGCAGAUCCGAGGACCUAAUGUUUCAAACCUUUCUUUAUGCGAUCUACCAGGUCUUAUUGCUAGCGUUGCGAAGGGUGGAAAGGAGAGUGACAUUGAUAUGAUCGAAAAGCUCGUUACUUCAUACAUCAAGAAUUCCAAUUGUCUCAUUCUUCUGACCGUCACUUGUGAAGCGGACUUCGAGACGCAAGGCGCUCUUAGAUUAGCAUUAAAGCAUGACCCGGAUGGGACGAGAACAUUAGGUGUGUUAACUAAACCCGACAGGAUUGCAAAUGGAGAUGAAGAUCGCUGGGUCAAGUUCGUCAAGUAUGACGAUGGGCCACUCGCCUUAGGCUGGUAUUGCGUUAAGCAACCUGAUUCUGUUCAGCUCGCCCAAGGCAUCACACUUGCGGAAGCGCAAGACAAAGAGAACGAAUUCUUCGAAGUUACCGAGCCUUGGUGUUCUCUUCCGUUCGACAUAAUGUCUCGCCUUGGUACGAAGCCACUGGUGGAAAACCUUAGCAAGACAUUGGCAGAUCUCAUAUCGAACCGACUUCCCGAACUUCGCGAGAGUGUGGAAAAAAUGAUUAUACAAACUAAGGCAGCCUUGAAAGAGUUACCAAUCCCGCCGUCCGAGGACGCUGUCGCAGAAGCAAGUAUGCUCAUCAUGGAGUUCUCCAAAGAGGUUGACGUCAAUGUCACCGGUUCAGCAAAUUCAGACGGGCUCGUUCGGAAGAUGAAUUCUCAGCAAACCAAGUUGAAAGAUGCGAUCCUCCAAGAAGCCCCAGAAUUUCUUCCAUAUACUAAGGAUAAUGGGUAUCAGGUACUGCCUCCUAUCACGUUUCUACAAAAGGACGGGAAAGGCCCGUUUUGUAAUGGGAUGACGGUGCAUGUGGACGAAGUUGUGGCAAUGAUGGAACAGGCACGUGCGCGAGAGCUACCAGGGUACACUUCGUUCGACGUCCCAGCGAAGAUCCUCAAAGAAACUAUGGUCGAAUGGCCUAAACUUGCAAAUCAAUACUACGAGAGAGUGUUCAGUACUCUGAAUAAGAGUAUUAAAGCCAUCAUGGAUCGGCACUUUAAACGUUAUGCCAACCUUCAUAGUGCAGCGCGAUCAACUGUUCAGGAGCUGCUGAAGAGAAUAGGCGACGAGACCGAACAGCAGAUCGACAAACUUCUACAACGUGAAGAGGCACCAUUCACGCUCAACUCAUGUUAUCUAUCCCAGUACAAAGACGAUUUCCUAGCAUAUUACAAGAACUGCAGACAGAAGGACCUGAACGGUAUCGCGAUGCAGCAUAUUCAGAAUUAUACACAACUAGAAACAUCGAAUCCGAGCCUUGCUGUCGUUCGGGUGGAUGCAGUUAGUCAGAUCUUGGCCGGGUUGAACACGAUUAAUAUCCGGGACGUCAAGGCAUCUGACUUGCCGAAACUGCAUAAAGACCCGUUCGAUCCCGCACUGGAGCUUAUGGCUACCGUCAGCGCAUACUAUCAGGGUAAGUCGGUCUACCAAUUCAUCAACGUCAACCCCAAGCCUAAAACUACGCAAACAUCGAUUCAAGUCGCAGCAAAGCGAUUCAUCGAUAGCGUCUCUCUAGCCGUCGACUACGAGCUUCUUCGCACCUUCGCGAGGGAGAUUCAUAGAGUACUAUCUGCGAUGUUGCAUAGGGGUGAUGCGAGGGAACGGUGUGCGGUGUAUAUGCAGGAGUCGAUGGUUGUGAGGAAGAGGAGGUUAGAGUUGAGGAGUAGGCUCGAGAGGCUUGAGGCUGCUAGGCAGGAGUUGAAUGAGUAUAGUCCCUUGUGAAUGAGGGAUGUUGAUCGGCCAAGACAUGGAGGGUUGGGUGUGCUGUGGGGGGAUUCGGGUUCCUUAAUUUCGCCGAGAGAGGUUGGGUUCUUGAUUUGCUUGUCUGUUCUUGCGAGUUCUUGUAUCAUUAUGUGUAGACAAGUGAAGGUCUGAUCUUUGAAGUGAAAGAGUAACGAGGAAUUUUGCGCUUGCAGAAUUAUUUUGGCUUUAAGCUGGCUAGGAUGUAUGUACUAUUAUCGCCUUAACUACCUGUGUGACUUUUUAGCUUUCUUUCGUCAGUCGUUGU